UGUUAAACUUUGUCAACUCUAUGAUAACUUUUGAUAACUUUGUACGACAGACAACGUGUCUCCCUGAAAUUGUGCAAAAAUUUUACGAAAUUAUUAUUUCUGUCUUUUAUUUUCAAUAACCAAGAUGAGUCAAUUGGUUGCCAAGGUCCAGGCUCUGGCCAAUCAAAUGGUUGUGGCUGCUCGUCCCCAGUUGGCCGAGUUCUGGCGCUAUGCCAAGGUGGAGCUAUCUCCUCCGUUGCCUGCGGACUUCCAAAAGCUGAAGAAGACCGCCACGUCAACGGGCUCCACAAAGGACGUCAAGGCGAAGCUGGGCAAGGUCCGCCUUGGCGAGGUGACCGUCUGCGAGGCCUGGCUCAAUAUCCUGGUCACCGUGGAGGUGAUUACCUGGUUCUACAUGGGAGAGGUCAUUGGACGCCGUCACUUUGUGGGCUACAAGGUCUAGAAGGAAAGAAGCUGAGGCUGCGGUGGUGGAGAUGGAGCUAUAUGAGGUUACUGGUCCUUUUGUGUUGAAUGUAAAUGCUUUGUUUUUGCAUACAUAUGUUUUAUGUGUGACCUGGUGACCUCAGUAUAAAAUCCAUUAAAUAAACUGGACAAAGAGAGAUACCUGUCUUGUAGAAUA